AUGGUUGAGUGGACGGAUCAAGAGCGCACCCUCAUCGCCAAUAUUUUCGCCAAUCUGGACUACGAAGACAUCGGCUCCAAGGCUCUGGCCAGGUGCCUGAUCGUUUACCCCUGGACUCAGCGUUAUUUCGGCGGGUUUGGUAACCUGUACAACGCCGACGCCAUCAUGAACAACCCAAUGAUCUCUGCUCACGGGGUCAAGAUCCUGCACGGUCUGGACAGGGCUGUCAAGAACAUGGACGACAUCAAGAACGCCUACGCCACCCUGAGCGAGCUGCACUCCGAGAAGCUGCACGUCGACCCCGACAACUUCAGGCUGCUGUCUGACUGCCUCUCUAUCGUCAUCGCCUCCAAGAUGGGCUACGACUUCACCCCAGACUUGCAGGCCGCCUGGCAGAAGUUCUUGACCGUGGUGGUGUUCGCUCUGGGCCGCCAGUACCAUUAA